AUGUGUGUCCUUGUGUGUGUCCGUGUCCCUGUCUCCUGUCCCUGUCUCUGCCAUGCCUGGAGCCCUCCCUUUCCCCAAACGUCCACAUGGCUGCAGCCCCCAUGGAGGCUGGACCAUCCCCUCCAGAGCCACGGGGUUGGUGGCUCCUGGGGAUAGAGGGGUGGCACUUAGUGGGGGCUGCUCAGCACCACCCUGGCAACCCAGUUCCCCUUUGCAAGGAGCUGUGGCUGCAGCCCCGGGGAUGGGAUGGGAUGGGAUGGGAUGGGACACAAUGGCUCUGCAGCCCCCACGGAAGCAGUGCCACCUCUGCCUUGCAGCGCAACCAUGAGCGCGGGCUCGAUUGAGCAGGAGCCGUCGCGCAAGCUGGGCUGCUGCGGGGUGCCCCUGAUCACCGAGGACAUGCAGUCCCUGGCCAUCCGCACCCUCUCGGGCACCGACAUCACCAAGCACUAUGACCUCAUCCGCGAGCUCGGCAAGGGCACCUACGGCAAGGUGGACCUGGUGUCCCACAAAAGCACAGGCACCAAGAUGGCCCUGAAGUUCGUCAACAAGAACAAGACGAAGCUGAAGAACUUCCUGCGGGAAUUCAGCAUCACCAACACACUCUCCUCCAGCCCCUUCAUCAUCAAGGUCUUUGACGUGGUCUUCGAGACCGAGGACUGCUACGUCUUCGCUCAGGAGUACGCCCCCGGUGGAGACCUCUUCGACAUCAUCCCGCCUCAGGUGGGGCUCCCCGAGGAACUGGUGAAGCGCUGCGUGCAGCAGCUGGGCCUGGCCCUCGACUACAUGCACAGCAAGAGCCUGGUGCACCGGGACAUCAAACCGGAGAACGUGCUGCUCUUCGACCGUGACUGCCGCCGCGUCAAACUGGCCGAUUUCGGCAUGACCCGCAAGGUGGGCUGCCGGGUCAAGCGCAUCAGCGGCACCAUCCCCUACACGGCUCCCGAGGUGUGCCAGGCCGGCCGCGCCGAGGGCUUCGCCGUGGACACCAGCAUCGACGUCUGGGCUUUCGGGGUGCUCAUCUUCUGCGUCCUCACCGGGAACUUCCCCUGGGAGGCGGCGGUGGCGUCCGACGCCUUCUUCGAGGAGUUUGUGCGGUGGCAGAAGGGGCGGCUGGCGGGGCUGCCCUCGCAGUGGCGGCGCUUCACGGACAGCGCCCUCCGCAUGUUCCAGCGCCUGCUGGCCCUCGACCCCGAGAAGCGCUGCCCUGUCAAGGAGGUUUUCUACUUCAUCAAGUGCGACCUCAUGGCCGAGGUGCGGUGCCGGCCCUCCUACCGCUCCCGCAAGCACGCCAGGGACAAGCUCCCGGCCGGGCCCCACUGCCACGAGGCCACCGGCUCCUGCACCCCCGCCCCGCUCAAGAGGACCGUCCUGACCGAGGGGAGCGGAGCGCGCGGCCCCGAGCCCGGCGCAGCCGCCCCGGGCACGGCGAGCAGGACAGACGGACGGCAGGACAAGGGCAAGGGGCAGAUGGUCCUGGCCACGGCAAUAGAGAUCUGCGUGUGACGGCGGCGCGCGGUGGCUGCGCGACCCGCCCCGUGCCCCCGCCCCGGGGACAGGGAUGGGAGAGCACAUCGUGGUGGUGGCACCAGCCGGGACUGGGCUCUGCGUUUCCCAAAGGGAAAAAAAAAAGAAAAAACAAACAAACAAACAAACAAAAAAAAAAACCCAGAAACACAAUCGAAGAGGAAAAGGACAGAACUGGUUGCGCUCUGUAGCGCCGAGGAUGCCGAUCCCCCCCCGUCCCGCCUGGGCGAGGCCGGUGGCCGGAGCCUAGGCCAGGGCACCGCUUGCCGCUGGGGAGGCUACGGGCACGCACAGCCCUGCCACGGCUGUGCUGCCCCCUCCAAGGCUCCCCCCAGCGUGGAAGUACGGGGAGGGCUCUCC